UUCUGUAUACAGCCACGCUGCGAGCAGACGUUCUGACACUGCACCAAGUGUGUUUUGGCGGGAAACGACGAAUCUCGUAUUUUGAUGUGAAACAGCACACGCGUUGCACGUAGCGAGGUUGUGCAGACACAUUCUGGCGACGCUGGGCAGUGGCGGAACGUAAACACAAGCCCAUGAGCCGUACGUACGGAGGGGAACGACAAGCAGACAGCACACGACUUUGGUAAUAACUGGACAUUAGGCCUAUUCUAUCCGGAAAGUUUGGGUCAGUAUUCUUCGGGACUUGACUGUGGCCCUGAGCAUGCAGGCUAGGCCUACACUGCGUUCACUGCGUUGCACGUUUCAACACACAAGGUUCAAUUUUGAUACGCGAUUGAUGCCUCGAGCCCACUGCAAUUACCACACCAAAAUAUUGGCUAACGGCAAAGUUGAAUGAACGGUCGCAUUGGUAUGAGUUUUUGUAGCUGGAAAAGACUGCAGGAUCACUGAAGGAGACAACUGAUCAAUGACGAAUCAAUGGCCAACUCAUAGGACAAGCUGGUGAAUUUGUUGUGAUAGGGACAAGAAGACGACUGUAAAGAAACGACUGAAUAAAAGAGAGGAUUGUUGAUGUUGAUACCAAGUUUCAGUCCCUCGACGAACGCGUGGUGUCCCUUCAAACUGCGAUCAUUUGACUUAAGGUUGAUCGAGGUUCUUCAAUGAAAAGCUGUGGUCGUGUGAACUGGUUUCGAUGGACGACAUUGCCAACCUAUAUAAUUCGCAAUUCUAACGGAUGGUAAUUUCUCAUUAUCGAACGGUGUCCACUUUGCGCGUUGAGUGAGAUUCGCGACGCUUACGUCAUCGCCACGCGCUCCUUGACGAAAGGGUUUACCGAAGAUAUUGAGAGAGGCAUUUUGGUCGGCGUCCUGAUCUCCCUCAUCGCAGCUCGGACCCCAAAAGGCGGGAAAGCUAAAGAACGUCAUCUGGUCCGUGGUAGUGGAGCAGGGCGCAACGAACCAAUCGCUACCACCGACGACAGCACGUGCUUAACGGCGCGCUCUAGCUCCUCGUACCCGUGUGAUGGCACCUGGUUGUUGAUGUCCCGUCCCUCGGGAGGUUUGCCACGUCCUUAAAAGAAACAGGAUUAGUAUCUCUUAGAUGUCCGCGUGGGUAAUGUUUGCUUUAAUCUCGGGAACCUAAAACGUGCAGUUCAUUGUGAAUUGGACACUUGUUUCACGAGGCAAGCGCUACGAUUGCUCUAUUCUUAAGAAAGAUAAAUGAUGAUAAGCUGUAAAUAGAACGGUGAGACUCUCAAAAUGAGUAUGGUAUCAAGUCGUCCAGGUUACUCCAUCCUUGGCGAUGACUACCCAAACUCCACGGACUAUGAUUUUGGCAACCAGUCAUCCACCAUGGAGCCGAUGCCGUACUACACCUACACUCCCCCGUAUGUCCCUCCCGCAGUCCUGGCCGCUAAGGUCGUGUCUGUCGCUUUGAUCAUCCUCAUCACCGUGGUAGGUAACAGCAUCGUCAUCACCAUCAUCCUCUCCAACAAGCACAUGCGGACCACCACCUACUUCUACCUGAUGAAUCUGGCGGUAGCUGACAUCAUCAUAGCGCUCAUCUCUGAGUGGACCUGGUUGGCUAACCACCUGAUGCAGAGGUGGAUCUUUGGAGCGGCAAUGUGCAAGAUUUCUGCGUUACUCCAAGGUGUUUCAAUUCAUGUCAGUAUCCUGACACUGACUGUGGUGGCCGGCGACCGAUACUUCGCCAUUUUGCAUCCGCUGAAAUCUCGCGUGAUCAAGAGAAACGCGGGACUUGUCAUCGGCAUUGUCUGGCUGAUAGCUUUCCUGAUCAACAUCCCUAUGCUCCUCAACAUGAAGCACACCACCCACACGUGGGAUGACGGCCAAGUCAUCAGCUGGUGCUACGAGUACUGGGAAGGGGAAGACAGGCGCCAUCAAGAGUUGAUCAGGGCCGUCUACACCACGCUGCUGUUUGUGGGCGUGUACGUGCUGCCGCUGUUCCUCAUGUCUGUCACGUAUAUCCGGAUCGGCUGCACGCUCAAGUCACGCAGCACGCACGGGCCGGGCGUGAAGGUGGAAGGCAAGGUGUCGACGCAGGAGCGCUCCAAAAGAAAGGUCAUUAAGAUGCUGGUGGUAGUGGUGAGUAUCUUCGCGCUGUGCUGGCUGCCCUUCCACAUCCUCAAUCUCAUUCAGGAUUGGUCGCCUGAUAUUGAGGCAGACGGCAUCCCCAAGGAGCUGUGGUUCAUCUGUACCUGGCUGGCCUACGCAAACAGCGCAAUGAACCCGUUCGUCUACUGCGGCUUCAACGAGAAUUUCCGGCGGGGAUUCCGAGACGCUUUCACGGGGCGGUGGUGCGCCGGCAAGAAACGGCAGGUGAAGCCAAAUAAGUCUGUCUGCUCGUCACAGGUAACGGACGGCACCGUUGUAGAGAGCACCAGCAUGCUUUGAUGAAACACACACCAAGCCACGCAUAGAAAGACAAAUACACGAACAACAGUAGAACAACGGAUGUAUUUUGUUGGUCACAAGAAAGCAAAAGCUAGUUGUAUUUGUCUUACCAAUUUGGUGCUAUGUGACAAGUGGAUACCGUAACGACGGAGGCCCAGCUUGGACAGUUGAGGCGGUUUUGGGCCGGAAUUCGGCCAGUUAUUAAAGUCUGAUGGAAACUCCGGUAUUUUGAAAUGUGACAAAACUGAUUGGCCACACUUUUCAUACGCUGACAUUCAUUCUAAUGCUCGUUUGCUGGCGUUUCCUCUUUUUGCCCUUGUCAACAAUUAUACUGUCCCAUCAGCCGUUUUCCUCAAUUUUAAAGGGUGUUGGGAACCAAGGGUUUAUAUUCUUGACUAAUGUAUAAAUUAAAAACGAAUGCGGCCAGAAUUAAAAACAUUUCAGGAAGUGAACACGGCUUGAAAAAAAAGACACCCCCCC